AUGUCAUCAAUAAUUCAUGCACUUACUGGACGUACUGAUCAUCCCGAAAAGAAAUCCAAUUCGUCUACUGUUCAUAAAGUCGUCUAUGAAGAUGUUCAGAUUAAAUCGGUUGUUAGUAGUCAAACACAAUCGAAAGCAAUUUCAACUCAUUCAAAUAGUAAAGUUAAUGCAUUAAUGGCUAAAUUAGGUUCAACACAUUCACAAAUUGAUGAAUAUUGUCGACAUCGUACUGAAGAAAUAUCAGAAGCUACUAAAUGUAGUAUUGAUAAAGUUAUUCAUUUAAUACAAACACAACAACAACAAUUACUUGACGAUGCUCAAAAAGAAAGUAAUAAAAUUGAAGAAGAAUAUAAAAAUAAACUUAUGUUAUGUCUAAAUGAACUUGAUCAAGAUAAAGCAACAAAAUUAGUUGAACUUGAAAAAGAUUUAAAUUUUCGUCAAGAACAAGUUCUUGAAUCAGCACGUAAACGUAUUGAUUCAAUUAAUGAAGAAGCAAAUCGAUUAAAAAUGAAUGUUCUUAAAGAAGCACAAGCUAAAACGAAUUCAAAAAUUGAAGAAAUUACUGAAAAAGUUCUCGAAGCUGAAGAUGCAAGUCGCCGCUUAACAAGUACAACAAAGACAAUUAUCACAACACGAUCACAAGCAGAAGGUCAUCCAACAAAACAUAAUUGA